GUGUCCUGCCCUCUGACUCUGCCCUCGAUUACUUUGGCCUGGAGUUGAAGGCGGUCUAUAGCAGAGCGGUGUGUGUCGCUGAUGCAACACUGACAGGUCCAUUCAGCCAGUUUCUCUUACACGCGCUUCACAGUAAAGACCUGUUUUCAGUCAGAACACCCAGCGACAUGGCAGAUCACCUGAGUCCAGAUGAAAAGUUCCACCUCAUCACCAGAAACCUCCAGGAGGUCCUUGGAGAGGAGAAGCUGAAGCAGGUUCUUCAGGAGAGGGAGCUGAAGGUGUACUGGGGUACUGCGACCACUGGGAAACCCCAUGUAGCUUACUUUGUCCCCAUGUCCAAAAUAGCAGACUUCCUCAAGGCUGGAUGUGAGGUCACAAUUCUGUUUGCAGACUUGCAUGCCUUCCUAGACAACAUGAAGGCUCCCUGGGAGCUGCUGGAGCUCAGGGUAAAGUACUACGAACAGGUCAUCAAGGCCAUGCUAGAGAGCAUUGGUGUGCCUCUGCAAAAACUCAAGUUUAUCAAAGGGACUGAGUUCCAACUCAGCAGAGACUACACUCUGGAUGUGUACCGUCUGUCCUCCAUGGUGACGGAGCACGACGCUAAGAAGGCUGGAGCUGAGGUCGUCAAACAGGUGGAGCAUCCUCUGCUGAGCGGCCUGCUGUACCCAGGCCUACAGGCUCUGGAUGAGGAGUAUCUGAAGGUGGAUGCCCAGUUUGGAGGCGUUGACCAGAGGAAGAUUUUCACUCUGGCAGAGAAGUACCUGCCCUCUCUUGGCUAUGCUAAACGUGCCCAUCUGAUGAACCCGAUGGUACCAGGACUGACUGGGGCUAAGAUGAGCUCCUCAGAGGAAGAGUCAAAGAUUGAUCUACUGGACUCCAAAGAGGAUGUGAAGAAGAAGCUAAAGAAGGCUUUCUGCGAGCCGGGCAACAUCCAGAACAACGGAGUUCUCUCUUUUGUCAAAUAUGUGCUCUUCCCUCUACGAGGAGAGUUCAGCAUCAAAAGAGACCCCAAGUGGGGUGGAGACAAAGUCUACACUACCUUUGAAGAAGUGGAAAAGGACUUUGCUGAGGAGUCGAUCCACCCUGGAGACCUUAAGGCCUCAGUGGAAACGGCACUAAACGAGCUACUGGAGCCAAUCAGAAAGAAAUUUCAGUCUCCCGAGCUCCAGAAACUUACUAACUCUGCCUAUCCGGAUCCCUCUAAGACAAAAGCAGGAGGAAAGGGUGCUAAAGCAGGAGGUGGAGGUGGAGAGAACGAUGAGCUGGUCCCCUCCAGACUCGACAUUAGGGUUGGGAAAAUCAUCAGUGUGGAGAAGCAUCCAGAAGCGGACUCACUCUACCUGGAGAAGAUCGAUGUGGGAGAGCCGGAGCCAAGGACGGUAGUGAGUGGGCUUGUGGCCUACGUUUCACAGGAGGACCUGCAAGACAGACUGGUGUUGGUUCUUUGCAAUCUGAAACCCCAGAAGAUGAGAGGAAUCGAGUCUCAAGCCAUGCUGCUGUGUGCUUCUGUUGACGGGGAGCCCAGGAGGGUGGAGCCUCUGGACCCUCCAGAGGGUUCAUCGCCAGGGGAACGUGUCUUUGUGGAAGGAUAUGAGACAGGCAUGCCAGAUGAUAAACUUAACCCAAAGAAGAAGGUGUGGGAGAAACUACAGGUGGACCUGAAGAUAUCAGAUGAGUGUGUUGCUCAGUGGAAAGACAACGCGCUGAUGACCAAACUUGGACAGAUCACAUGUAAGACACUCAGAGGAGGAAACAUCAGCUAAAUACACUCAAACAUUAUAUCCACCACUAAAGCUGCUCCUACUGGCCAUAAUCAACCCACCAUGGCAGUAACAUCAAACUUCAUGUGGAUGUUUCUUGGAGAAUGAUGGGACACUGGUGCCAAACUCUGAGAUGUUCCAGGCUGGCUGAGAAUAAUUCUGUUACCUGCUUCAAGUUUUUCAUGUCUAAAAUCACAAAAGUUAUACAAGUAAUCAACCUAUGAUUAUUAUUAUUAUUAAUUACCCCUCUCCCUUCUUGAGUGUCAAUGAUCUUUUGAAUCGUAGAAUUUCUGCAUACUUAAACUGAGGGACUGUGGUAUUGAUUGUUCAUAGUAGAAGUUAAUAAUAAAAAAUAUCUCUGGUUACGAAAAAGGGACUUACUAGGCGCUUUUGGACCUUUUCCAGCUUUAACCAAUCUUGUUGUUUUCCUACAUGGUAAAUGUCAGGGUAGGGGCCACUUUGCAAUACAGAAAUGGUUUCAUGAGUUUUCAUGAUGUCUUUAAGAUAAUCUCUGUCAUGUAUUACAAGAUAAAUGGAGAAACUGUAAUAAUCAAAUAAUGCAUCAUCUCUAAUAUGAAAUAAACACUGAAUUCUGUGGUCUGCA